AUGGCUAGAAGAGGUGCUUCUGUCCAUGUGAAGAAUUUGGCUGAUGGUGUUAGGCAUGAAGACCUGCGUUAUGCCUUCGGGAAGUACGGGCACGUUGUUGAUGUAACAGUUCCCGUGAACUACCAUACGGGCCGACCAAAGGGCUUCGCAUUCCUCCAGCGGAAAUGCGGGCACGUGACACAGGCGGUCGCCGUGGUCGAUCUUGGCGAAGCAGGUCUCGUUCUCGAUCACCCCGUCGGCGGGACAGGUCUUCUCGCGAUAGAUCGGAUUCGUACCGCCGGCGUAGCCACAAGGGCAGCCGCCAGGAAGAAUCAAACUCCUACAGACAGACUUCGUCUCGUAGACGUUCUUACUCUCGAUCAAGCGAAGCUGAAAACGGUGGCAGGCGCGAUCGACACGGUGAACGUUCCGCUGAAAAGAAUGGUCGGUGGUCGGAAGAACGUGGACGACGUCGCAAGUCCGGUGGCAGUUCGCGUGGUUCGUCUCGCGACGGUGGCGCCAACCGAGAUGACCUUGACCGGAGCCUAUCACCCGGGCGUGGGGGGUCUCAAUCACCGGACAUGCAUUACAAAGAUCGUUCUCUGUCUCGCAGCGGUGGUCGUGGUGGCUCAAGGUCUCCCAGUCCUCGUGACGACGGAAGGUUCUCUCAGUCGCCUGGGCGCUCAAGAAGUCUGUCACGCAGUCGCUCGGGCUCCCGAUGAACUGCGGUGUCUCCCAACUACACCGCCAAUGUCAAACAGCGAUACCGACGUGGACAUUAGUUCCAUUCGCAAGCAGCUGGAGUUCUACUUCAGCGACGCCAAUCUCUCGCGUGACGGUUUUUUUCGUUUCGAGGUCGAAAGAUCACCAGAUGGUGGACUGAGUCUUGACGUUUUGCUCAAGUGCAAUAAACUCCGGGCUCUCGGGGCCACUGCAGAACACCUGUUGGCCGCGGCGAAGCAAUCGAAGUUGCUUGAAACCACCUGGGAAGGGACAGCUAUCCGUCGAAGGGUGCCCUUCUCGUUCACUGCUCCGUCGUCCGACCACAUGGUGCUGGCAACGGGCAUUCCUUGUCUUGGCGAUGAGUCAUCCGGUGGUGACCAAGCCAACGCAGAUGCGGACCCUGCUGCCACUUCCCCAGAAGCACCCAAGGCCAGCAAAUCGAAUUCGGUCGUGUUGGUGGUUGACUGGCUGAGGGAACAGUUAGAGGCAUAUGGCAAGGUGAAUUAUGUCAAUGUGCCCCGGUUCAAGACCUCCGGAGUUGCACGCGGCUUUGCCUUUGUGGAGUUUGCUUCGAGGGACGCGGCAGAACGCGCUGUCAGUGCACUGGCGCCGACGGCAGCGGAUUUGGCUGCUCCACUCGCGGAUUCUGACACCCCUCCAAAAAACGCCAACCCAGAAGCCGCCUGGACACCCAAGGUGGCGUCGGACGCCGUGCUGCCCUUGAACGAGCGUCUGGCUCGGCAAUUUGUCUGGCGGUGUUGUUCGCGCCGAUCGAAGCAGGCGCUGGCAUCGUGGCGUCGGCUGUACGCGGCGGGCUAUCGGCUGCCGAAUCCCAUGGACGCUGAGUAUCGUCUCAUCACGGAGAGACGCUGCGAUGCAGCCAAGGAUGGUGCGGACGCUGGUGGUUCCACACACCUCGACGCCAGCGAGCUGCGUCUUUUGCCCUACCGCGACUGGCUCAAGUGGCGUCCCCGUUUCUACUCCUGGCUCAAAGCCUGGAUGGCGCGCAUGGACAGGAAGACCGCCCAGUUGAUGGCACAGGCUGAGAGGAAACAGCGGGUCGCCACAGCCCGCUCCGAGGCGCCAACAUUGCCGGAGGAGACGCCUGCGUCGAGCGUGAAGCAGCUGCCAGAAGACUUCUGUCCGGGCAGCGUAGUCGAGGUCUACUGGCCUCUCGAGACGGAAACACAGUCGCCGUCGGUGUUGGUGGAUCCUCGUCUUCAAAUGCGCCGAGUUCGGGCUGCAAUUGAGGGCACCCUUCUGCGUCCGCACGGUCUCCUCCAGUCGGUGGCGCACUUCGACGGUCAGCCUUGCGACCAGCUGCCGCCACAGCAGGUCCCCACCGUCGACGAGUCCUGCGUCCGAUGCUUCAUCCGGUUCUGCGACUCCACGGCUGCCCAGACCUUCAGCGCGUUGCUGGAAGAAGGCGGUGGUGGUGGUGGUGCGGGCUUUGUGCUAGCGGGCGACCGGGAAAGGGCGUACUGCGAGGCCAUCGUUGCCGCCAAGAUGGGUGUCCGCGAACGCAGACGUCGCGCACAGGCUGCCAAGCGACAGAGGCGGUGCACGAAAUCACCUAACGACCCCCGAGAACCGCCUGCGGCUGCGGUUGCUGUUGACACCUUGCAUCCAAUGCCCAAGAGGAUUGUAUUUGACGAAGACUAG